UUCGUCUGCAUGUCCAGCCCACUAGUCGCAGAGGACGCAUAGUACUACAAUUUUAGAGAGAGAAAAUAAUUUCGGGAGAGAGAGAGAGAGAGUUAGGGGAGAAGCACAAAGACGAACCAGAAAACGAAAACAGAUAUAGACUAUAUCUAUAUCUUUAUAUAUACCUGUACAUAUAUAUAUAUAUGUAGAAGAGCAUGAGAGAGUUUCAGAGGGGACUCAAUGCUUCUAUGGCUGACAUUCUCUAGGGCUAAUUCGUGUGCUCUUAAUUGAGUUUCGUUCCAUCAAACCAAAACCCUAGAAGAUAGAGGAAGUUCCAGUGUUAGCCCUAGCUGCGAAUUCGCGAAGAGCUGUUUGGAAUUCAGGAACUUGAUAGAAGUCAUGAAUCAAUGAGAGGGGGACACUGGUAGGUAAUAAGGUAGGAAUGCAUGGAUGUAGCUUAGGAUCUGCUCUUCUAGUCAAUGCUGAGGUUGAUUCCAUGGGAGGAGUUGUUGACGGCGGAGUUGGAAUUGAUACCAAAUCCUCUCCGCGACAAGCAGCAAUUGAGAAGGCUCAAGCAGAACUUAGGCAGGAGUAUGAUGUGCGUGAGGAAAGGAGAAGAGAACUAGAAUAUCUGGAGAAAGGUGGCAAUCCCUUGGAAUUCAAAUUUGGGAAUGCAGCUUCUGUUAGUGUCCAAUCUACUUCACUGACUGAUCAACCUUCUGAGCAGUUUGUAACCAGUGAAGCUAAAGGUAGUUUUGCAUUGACUGCUUCACCACGUGGAGAUUCUGUUGAAAGUAGCGGUAGACUGGGGGCUCCUACUGUUUGUGAACCCAAUAGUGCUGAUAAUCUCUUGUUAUUUGACGUUGAAAGUGAAUUUCUUGAAGGUGAAAGAAACUCUAUAUGUCCUACUAGGAGUAACAUUGCUCCAUCAGAACGGUCUUCCCAGUUGGAUGGGAGUCAAAAUGCUAAAGAAUCAGGGGACUCAGCUGCAUUUGACCUCCCACAAAAUCGAGCAUACAAGCGAAGAAACAGGUCACGACCAAAUCGUGAUGGUGCUCGAUCAAGUUCAACCGAUAUAGUUCCAUCUCGAAGUGGUCAUGCCUCUUCUUUGCCUUCACGCCAUGGUCGAAAAGAUGGAAAAGGGUUGGUGCUUGAUACAAACAACCAGAAGGAUCCGAGUGUUUCUUUGAAUUGUAAUUCAAAGCUUAUAAGUCCAAAUGGUGGUAUGGCUUCUAGGGCAUUGCCUUCUGAUAGUCGGUUAGAUAAGGAGUUGGAUGGUGUGCGGGCUGUUGAAUCAACUACUGGACUCACCAAAGUUGGUGUGCCUGAUUUUAACACUUCCAGAAGCUCGCAAGAUAACCAACAUAAUCAACACUCAGAAGUUGAUGGUCAGGAAACUUCUGCUGUGGCUUCUGGGGGGCCUGAAUCUGUUGGUGGAAGGGAACAGGUAGUUUCAGCUGGUCUUGAAUUUUCUUCUUGUGUAGCUACAGUGAAAGCGGAGAAUCAAGCCAGCUCUGGUCAACUGAAUGGGUGUAGCAGUGCCAAGGGAGAUAGAAAGAACAUACCAAUUGAAGUUCAAAAUAGCAGUGCCGCAUUCAGCACAAAGGUUUUAGAUUUGGAAUCCUCAUGCACCAAAACCAGCCUUAGCAUAGAUGGAAAUAAUGAUAAAGAGCCAUGCAAUAAUUUAAGAAACGUUGAUUCCAAUGGGAAUGUUAAGGAACAAGCCUUAGUGUUUGAAGGGACACCAAAUAUGGAAGGUCAUGAAAUGUUAACAGAAAAGAAUGAGAAGAAAGCUGGUGACAAUUAUCCUUUCAUUAAUGAUGAGCACAAUUCCAUUCAUCAAAGCCCCCAAGGCAAUGGUUCUACUCUCAAAUCCAAGGAAGAAUUACACGGAAGUGGGUUUGGCUUGCAAAAUAUUGUGAAAUUCCCCUCUAGUGCUGAGGUAAUGGAACUGGAUGGCAAUACUGCUUUAGAGACAAAAAAAAUACCUGUAAACUCAAUGACUGAUAAUUCAAAUCCUCCAAAGGAAAGUGAUUGCACCGGUAGACUUCAGAGUUCUACGGAUUCUUCCAUUCAUAAUAAUUCUGAUCACCAGAAGGAAAAUGCUUUUGGUAGAGUUCGGGGUUCUACGGAUCCAUCUAUUCUUGGCCUUUCGGAGACUACAUUGUCUGUUAAGGGUUCCAAUGUUGCUCCUGAGCAACAACCUUGUUCGGAAAUCCACUCAAAAUUGGCAAACAAGGCACAUGAAGAUUCUAUUUUAGAAGAGGCUCGGAUUAUUGAGGCAAAGCGUAAAAGGAUUGCUGAGUUAUCUGUUGGUACCAUGCCCCUGGAAAAUCGUUGGAAAUCUCAUUGGGACUUUGUCCUUGAAGAAAUGGCAUGGCUUGCGAAUGAUUUUGCUCAGGAGCGUCUGUGGAAGAUUACUGCUGCUGCUCAAGUAUGCCAUCGAAUUGCUUCUACAUCCCGGUUAAGAUUUGAAGAACAAAACUUACGUUGGAAGCAAAAAAAAGUGGCCCACACCUUAGCAAAAGCUGUCAUGGAGUUCUGGCAUUCGGCAGAGGAGAUAAGCAAAGAGCUAGAGCUAGAAUGUCCUGGAAGAGAAUUUUCACAUGCUGUUGAGGGAUAUGCAGUGAGAUUUCUGAAGUAUAAUACCUCCUUUGUUCCAGUUGGCCUGGCAGAAGCACCAGCAACGCCUGACAGGAUAUCUGAUUUUGGUAUUCUAGAAAUGUCUCAGGACAAUCACGUAAAAGAAGAAAACCUCUUUUACACAUUGCCCCUUGGUUCAAUGGAAGCAUACAAAAAAUCAAUUGAAUCUCAUUUGGCACAAGUUGAGAAAACUGGCAGUAGCAUCCAAGAGGAAGUAGAGACUUCUAUGUAUGAUGCUGCAGCAGAUAAUGCAUAUGAAGAGGAUGAAAGAGAAACAAGGACCUACUAUUUUCCUGGUGCCUUUGAAGGUAGCAAGCCAUCCAAAUUUUCCCAGAAGAACAGGAAAAACUCAACCAAUUCUCACACUGCUAGAUCAUAUGAUCUGGGAACUGAUUUGCCAUUCAUGCCAUGCGUGGAAAACAAAGUUGGGACCCAGCAAUCUGUGUUAAUGGGAAAACGGCCUGCCAACAAUCUUAAUGUUGGUAUGAUUCCAACAAAACGUAUACGGACUGCUUCAAGGCAGAGGAUUUUAAGUCCUUUCAGUGCUGCCACUUCUGGGGGUGUUUAUGGUCCUAACAGGACAGGGGCUUCCAGCGGUGAUACCAAUUCUUUUCAGGAUGACCAGAGUACUUUGCGUGGUGGAUCCCAGAUCCCAAAUGGUUUGGAAAUUGAGUCAAUGGGUGACUUCGAAAAGCAAUUACCAUUUGACUCCACAGAAGUAUCAAAACCUAAAAAGAAAAAGAAGCCAAAGCAUCUGGGUUCCACAUAUGAGCAGAGAUGGCAGCUUGAUAACAAUUUUCAAACUGAACAGAGGGAUUAUUCAAAAAAGAGAUUGGACAGUCAUCAACUUGAAUCUCAUGGAAGCAGUGGUUUAUUUGGUCAACACAUUAUGAAGAAGCCGAAGAUGAUGAGGCAAUCACGAGAUAAUUCUUUUGACAAUCUUACUCCAAUGACUGGGUCAAUUCCUUCUCCGGUGGCUUCCCAGAUGAGUAAUAUGUCCAACCCUAAUAAGCUCAUUAAAAUCCUUGGUGGCCGGGAUCGGGGAAGGAAAGCCAAAUCUUUAAAGAUGCCUUCUGGACAGCCAGGGUCAGGAUCUCCAUGGUCGCUAUUUGAGGAUCAGGCCCUUGUUGUCCUUGUACAUGAUAUGGGUCCAAAUUGGGAGGUUGUAAGUGAUGCUAUUAACAGUACUUUGCAAUUCAAGUGUAUAUUCCGUAAGCCCAAAGAAUGCAAGGAACGCCAUAAAAUUUUAAUGGAUGGGACUGUAGGUGACGGAGCUGAUAGUGCCGAAGAUUCAGGGUCUUCUCAAGCUUAUCCGUCAACCUUACCUGGCAUUCCUAAGGGCAGUGCCAGACAAUUGUUUCAACGUUUGCAGGGGCCAAUGGAAGAAGAUAUGAUCAAAUCUCAUUUUGAGAAAAUCAUUAUGAUUUCACAAAAGCAGCAUUACCGUAGGACACAGAAUCAUAACCAGGAUCCAAAACCAAUCCAGUCACAUAAUUCUCAUACAAUUGCUAUUUCCCAAGCUUGCCCAAGUAACCUGAAUGGAGGGCCUCCACUCACGCCUCUUCAUCUCUGUGAUUCAACUGCAUUAAACCCCGACGUUCUUCCCUUGGGUGGUUUAGCAGUAUCAAAUCAUGGCAAUGUUGCAUCUGCCCUUCCUGCUUCUAGUGCAAAUUCUUCAUUGCAAGGAUCUACCAACAUGGUUCUUGGCAAUAACUUUUCAUCUCCAUCUGGUUCGCUAAACCCAUCUGUUAGGGAUGGUAGAUAUGGAGUACCUAGAUCUUCAUCUUUAUCUAUUGAUGAACAGCAGAGAAUGCAGCAAUAUAAUCAGAUGUUAUCUGGUAGAAAUAUUCAGCAGUCUGGCCUGUCCGUUUCUGGGGUUCCUCCAGGGACUGAUCAUGGUGUUCGCAUGUUGCCUGGUGGGAAUGGUGUGGGCAUAAUGUGUGGGAUGAAUAGAAGCAUGCCUAUGGCAAGGCCUGGGUUUCAAGGAAUUGCUCCUCCAUCAAUGGUGAACUCUGGGAGUAUGCUUUCUUCCAGUGUGGCGAUGAUGCCAAGCCCUGUUAAUAUGCACUCUGGAGUUGGUUCUGGUCAAGGGAACUCAAUGUUGAGACCUCGGGAUACUUCGAAUAUGAUGCGGCCUGGCCAGAGUCCUGAGCACCAAAGGCAAAUGAUGGUGCCAGAUCUUCAAAUGCAGCAGGUCCCCCAAGGGAACAACAACCAAGGAGUCCCUCCUUUUGGUGGGUUAACUUCUGCUUUCUCCAAUCAGACAUCAUCUCCUGUUCAGCCAUACCCACUCCAUCAGCAGCAACAUCAACAAUCCCAUGUGCUCAAUAAUCCUCGCCAUCCUCAUCUUCAAGGACCGAACCAUGCCUCGAGUACCCAGCAUCAUCAAGCCUAUGCAAUUCGCUUGGCAAAGGAGAGACAAAUGCAGCAGCGUUUAAUGCAGCAGCAGCAGCAUCAACAAUUUGCUGCAUCCAAUGCUCUGAUGCCUCAUGUACAACCACAGUCACAACUCCCUAUUUCGUCAUCUCUGCAAAAUAGUUCCCAAAUUCAACCUCAAAAUUCUUCGCCACCAGUGUCAUUGCCUGUGACUCAAUCAUCCUCGAUAACUCCCAUAUCACAGCAUCAGCAGAAGCUUCACAUGCCUCAUGGGAUAAACAGGAACACUCAAACUGCUGGUAGUGGGUUGACCAAUCAGAUGGGAAAGCAACGGCAACGACAACCACAACCGCAACCGCAGCAGCAACAGUCAUUUCAGCAAUCUAGUAGGCAACACCCUCAGCAACGGCAACAGUCACAGUGUCAACAGCAGGCUAAACUUAUCAAAGGAGUAGGGAGAGGGAACAUGCCAAUGCAUCAGAAUGUCACGAUGGAUCCUUCUCUUCUGAAUGGCCUUUCCACAACUCCAGGCAACCAAUCUGCAGAGAAAGCAGAGCAGGUAAUGCAUUUGAUGCAAGGCCAGGGUUUAUAUCAUGGGUCAGGACUACUCCCUGUUCAACCAUCUAAGCCUUUAAUGCCUCCUCAUUCUUCAAAUCAGUCCCACCAUCAGCAAAAGAUGUAUUCUGGCCAAGCAAUUCCUUCAUCAAAGCCAGUCCAGCAGAUGCUCUCUCAUUCAGAUAAUAGCAAUCAAGGAGGACAUGCUGCACAAGCCACUUCUUCUGGGCAUAUGUUACCAGUUUCUCCCCAAGCUGUUCAACCUUCGGUUAUGGCUUCUUCAAACCACCAGCAGGUACAGCCACACCAAAAAUCAGUGAAUCAAACUAAGCCACUUGUUCAAAGAGUGUUUCAACAGAAUCCUCAACUGAAUUCUGACCCACAAAGCAAGUCGCAAGCAGAUCAAGCUCAAGCUCAAGCUCAAACUGACCAGAAACCUGUGAGCAACUCAUCUCAGAUGGGUACAACAACAGCAACAAUGCCUCAGUCCUCUGUUGAUACAAAUACUGCAAUGCCAGUCGUUUCGUCUUCGAGUGCUCAGUGGAAAACACCGGAACAGAAGUAUGAUUCUGGUUUGCCAAAUCCAUCAACGAAGUUGACUCCUGUUGUGAGUCUGCCUUUGAACAAUUCUGCUGGAAGCGAACCUAUGCCUACUGUUAGUCAAGGGCUAGGGCAGGGGCAGUCAUCAGGUGGCUUGCCCCCUCAUGGAGAUAACAUUGGUGCACAGCGGAAGCAGCAGUCCCAGCUGCAACUGCCUUCAACACCUCCUACCCCACCACCUCUGCAGCAACAACAAUCACUGCAACAGCAGAUGCCACCACAACAGCAAUCUCAGCAGCAGUCACAGCAUCUGCAAGCAGGGAAUAACAGUUUGUAUAUCAGACCCACUAACUCUAGAAUGGAAUGAAGCACUUUCAAUGGAUUGGGCAAUUCCUGGAGCUGCUGAUCCUGCGCAAGUUGGGUUGGCAUGCCACUUGUAAUAGCAGUGUACAGAUAAAGCUAAUCACCCAAUGUGGAAUUGUAAGAUGAAAGAGGCGGUGAUUGUUGCAGGUUGUGUUAGAAGCUUAGUGAAGGGAAUACUGGCAGGGUAAAAAAAUUUUUGGGUAUUAUGUAUAUUACUGUAGCCCUAGAACUUGAGGAAGAUAGAGACAGAAAGAGAGGUAUGUGUACAGGGGUCUCAUCUCUCCUUUUGCACUACGUUUUUUUUUUUUUUUUUUAUUCGUUGGAAAUUUUGCCUUAAUUGGUUCCCCUGCUCAGGAUGGAGGGGCCUUAUUUGUUGGUGCCCCAAUAGAUUAGCUAGGCUCAUGUAUUAUUUCCCUUGGAUUUUAAGGGGGUAUCGAUCAUUGAUAUGGCCAUAAUAGCCUUUUGGAAAUUUUGUGAAUACCAAGUUUUAUGGUGUAUACCUACCUACCUACCUACCUUCCUUAAUCAAUGUAAGAACACUACCAUGCAUAACUGCUGCAGGCAAUUCUUGUGUACAGUACCAGUAGGUGUUUGAGGGCUUUCUAAAGAUGACAUUUUUAUUUA